CCCCCCCCGUGCGUGCGUCUCACUUCAUCUCUCCCUGCAUAUCUUCUUGGACCGUGUAAGCGGACGGACGGCACUCUUGUCUCGCAGCGAGCAGUGCCUCUCAACGACUCACCAGGCAUAUUUAUGAGGACCCGUUGAUGAAACCAACUGUCGCUUGCUGCUUGAAGAGCAUGGGUACAACCGCCAGCGCCGCGCCGCAACCCGUUUCCGUCACAACGCCACUUGAGUGUGUCCAUGGCAACGGGAUGGCCGACAGCAGGCACUCUCUGAGCAUUAGCUCCUUCCAGACGGUCAACAUCCACAACAACAAGGCCAAGUCCAUUAUCACCAACAAAGUAGCACCUGUCGUCAUCACGUAUAAUUGCCGGCAGGAAUUCCAAAUACACGAUGACAUUCUCAAGACCAAUUACAAAGUGGGUCGGAUCUCAGACACCAUGCCCGAGCACUAUCUUGUGCAGGGGCAGUACUUCAUGGUGCAGGAUGUGCCCAGCAAGGCGGACGUACUCAACACCACGGGCAGCUACGGGGCCCCCAACUUCCGCCGGGUUAAAGGACCCCACGCCCUCUACGGGCUGGGCCAGCCCAGCCUGAACGGCUUCAAACAGGUCCUCCAGAGGCUUCAUGCACAAGGCCAUGAGGAAGUGAUCUUCCUCUGCGUGCGCGAGGAGCCCGUGCUGUUCCUCCUCAAGGGGGACAACUAUGUGCCGUACACGCCCCGCGGGAAGGAGAACCUCCACGAGAACCUCCGCGGGCACGGAGGGGCGGAGCUGGUGGAGGGACUGGAGCUGGUCAUCAGGAAGGAGCUGCACGACUUUGCCCGUCUCAGCGAGGGCGUCUUCUACGUGUACAGCGACAUUGAGUUCUUCAAGGACGAGCCCCAGAAGGUGGACAUCGCGUGCGAGGAGGACAUCCGCGUGACGGAGGAGGUGUACAAGAGGCCCGUGUUCACUGCGCCGCUCUACAGGUACCACCGCCUACCACUGCCUAGUGAGGGCGCUCCGAUGGAGGACGACUUUGACGCCUUUGUGAAGAUACUCAGGGAAAGCCCCAGUCUGGGCCUGGGCCGGGACAAGUCCAGGCCUCUCCCCGCCCUGCUCUUCAGCUGCCAGGUGGGCGUGGGCCGCACCAACCUGGCCAUGAUCCUUGGCACCCUGGCCAUGAACCGUCUGAGGGGCCCCUCCAAAGAGAUGCCAGAGGUGGAGGGCCUCGCCCCCUCGGAGCCCAAGCCACUGCUGCGAGUCAUCCAGUCCCUGAUCGACAAGCUGCACAACGGCCAGCAGAUCCUGGAGGAGGUUGACCACGCUAUCGCCUUGUGUUCAGAGAUGCACAACAUCAAGGAGGCCAUAUAUGAAAACAAGAGCAAGCUGGAAGGGCUUGGGGAGGAUUAUCAAAUUCAGGGAAGCAGCACCAAAGACUAUUUCCUCCACCGGACCAUGCAGAGCUUGGAGCGAUACUUCUACCUGAUAGUCUUCAACGCAUUCCUCCACGAACAGUACCCUUUAGCGUUCGCGUGUACCUUCAGCCAGUGGAUGUGCAGCCGCGCGUGGCUCUACCGGUUGCUGGCCGGCAUGGACCUAUCAGAACUGUCGGCUCCGGCCGACCUGGUCACCAAAGGAGCGCGCGUGCUGGUUGCUGACGAGUACUUGGCGCCAGAUGUCCUCAGCACGGUGAAGGAGAUGAAGGUGGCCAACUUCAGACGCGUGGCCAAGAUGCCAGUUUAUGGGAUGGCUCAGCCCACAUCUGAGGCCACGGCCGCAGUGCUGGCCCACCUCACGGACGAGAAGCGCAAGCACAGCACGGUGCUGUGGGUCAACCUGCAGGAGGAGCUGGUGCUGGAGGCCAACGGCCAGGUGUUCACCCCGCGGGAGACGUCCAGCCUGGAGCAGCACAUCGCCCUGCCCUCCGCGGACCCCGCCCUCAUCGAGAAACUGGAGCUGUCUCUGAAGGAGGAGGUGCUGCGGGCCCAGAAGUGGCUGGAGGUCACCCUGGAGCAGGACAAGCAGAUGAAGAUGUUCAAGAGCUGCCGGACGGUGCGAGAGGCCUUCACCCAGCACAAGAGCACUCACCCGGGGCUGCUCUACCGACGCAUCCCGCUGCCCGAGUGCAGCGCCCCCAGAGAGGAGGACUUUGACAAGCUGAUGGAGGCCAUGAAGAUCGCCCUGGCAGAGGACUCGCGCGCCGCCUUCGUCUUCAACUGCUCCAGCGGCCGGGGCCGCACCACCACCGCCGUGGUGGUCGCCGCCCUCACUCUCUGGCACUUUAACGGAUUUCCUGAGUUUGGCGACGAUGAGAUUGUGAGCGUUCCUGACGCCAAGUACACAAAGGGAGAGUUCGAGGUGGUGAUGCAGCUGGUGCGCCGGCUGCCCGACGGCCACCGCAUGAAGAGGGAGGUGGACAUGGCGCUGGACUCGGUCAGCGAGACCAUGACCCCCAUGCACUACCACCUGAGGGAGAACAUCAUCAGCACCUACAGACAGAUCAAAAGUGCCAAGACGGAGAGGGAGUCUGAGCAGCUGCUGCUGAAGAGCCUGCAGUAUCUGGAGCGCUACAUGUACCUCAUCCUGUUCAACGCCUACCUGCACCUAGAGAAGAAGGACUCAUGGCAGCGCUCCUUCUCCCUCUGGAUGGAACAGGUGGCGGCCAGAGGCGGGGUUUACGACAUCCUGAACCAGCUGUGUUUCUCUGAGUUGGGGAACCCCAGGGACACACCACUGGCCCGCCUGCGUGGCCGCUGGCAGCGGCAGAGCGUUCAGUCCCUUCCCUUCCGCGGCGAGUUCAUCUGAGCGGGGGGGCGGUCCACCGUGAACUCGAAAGGAGGUGUACUGUGCUUUUUAUUCUUUUAAAAGAAGAAGAAGAACCUAAAAGACAAAAAAAUGGAACUAAAACCUUUUAAUUUUGGCUUUCAUUUUUUUUCUGUAUUUAAUCCUGUAUUGUAUAUAUUUUUAGGAUUCAUUGUUUUGUUUCUUUUCCGCCAACCCUUUUGUCCGACGGUUCAGGCUGUAUUUUUCAAGUCUUCAGUCUUCACAACAUGAUUUCCCUUCUGUGCAAGUUGAUACUUUGCUGUUUUUUAAACGCAUCCUUUUAAUGUACUAAUAUUUAUAAAAAAAAAUACUUUUUUGGAAAGAAAUGUCGAAAACCUAAAAUGAUUAAUGUGGUCAUUUCCUGACUUACCUUUUUUAUAUUCCGAGCAUAUCUAGGAACAAUUUAGUUUUAUUAAGACAUUUGAAUGCUGUACCUUUACCCAUCUAUUAUGGGGUUUAUGUCAACCCAACAACAUUUAUCUCCCUAGAAACCUAACUUGUUUUGUUAGCUUUCUCCACUCAUGCUAAUUCCUUGAAGAUACGGUGGCCCCAAGACUAUAACGCAACAGCAAAGCAAACCCUUUCAACGAUACGAAGUUAGAAACAUCAAUCCCGAGCAGAAAAAAACCCUGUCAAAACUGUACCUAGCGACAAAGAUUGUGUGUGGCCGAUUGGUCACAACACUGUGGCUUCCCGCCCUAAUAUGGCAACUCCCAACGUAGGACAUUAAGCAGUAGCUCGGUAUCGUCAGCCGGGUCUUCUCCUUUAAAGAGUGCUUUCAGGCUCUGAAGAGACAUUAAUCUCAUGAACGUUCGAGACCAUAUCCAGGCGGGAACCCUGUCAGCCAAAAUAUUCCCCAAUCUUGAUCUGGGCUGCCAGGGCUCUUGGGCCAAUGUUGCUGUGGUAGAGCCGAGACAGCAUCCACUCAGUGAUGCGGGAACUAGAUACUAAGCCGUUCUGUGUUAUUCUCUGGUUGGUGGUUCCGUUUUGGCCGGCCUUAUUUCUGUUGUGUGAGUGAUGUUGUUAUGCAUCGGGGUUUGCUUUACUGUUUCAGGGCCACUUGAGUAAUGGCGUCAAAAGAUUGCUGAAUAUUGUGAAUUUUUCUUGUGAAGAAUCGCCUUCUAUUACAGGACAAAAUCCGACAAGGAGUCGCAAUCAUCUGCUAUUCCUUUACGCCCACAUCAAGUAAUCCCACGCAACGCAAUUGCCCUUAUCGAUUUCAUUUCAGCAUUCUCAUUUACACCGAACUCAAUGAUAUUAAAGAAGGGGAGUCGGGAUUAGGUACUUUAAUUAACUCAUGCUUCGGGGGGGGGGGGGGGGGGGAACCAUGUGACUUGGCCGGCCGGUGGUCUUGCAUGGUCGUGGGCGCGCGGUCGGGGCUUUAAUCAUCGCCUGUCAUGGAGACUCCAGGAGCCCUGCCAGAGACCAGUUAGAGCCGGCCUGACAUCACUAGGGGAAUCGAAUGAUGUGUCUUGACUGUAAAAUGGACGGUUGGAAACGGCCAAAACCUGCACAUUCCGUGUAACCGGGGCAAAGGCAUUCUCGCUAUCAAUCGGUUGAAGGAUAAUGAUCCCCCUUUAAGAACCACAGUAUUUAUCAUUAGCAUUCAUGGAAUGGGACAAAGCCGUAUGAGUCAACAUUGGGGUCAAAGGGUUCUGGCAGCGUUGCCUGCCUACCAGGGUUUGGCUGUCCUGAGGCUGAAGCGAUGGGCGCCAGGUUGUUUUAUACAGUGUCCGCUUUCUCAAUGCUUUUCCACUCAGGGCCAUGUUCUUAAAUGUCAUAUUUUCGUUUUCUUGUUGCUCCCUCCAUUUUUUAAAUGACUCUGCAGUAUCUUUGCAGUGUGUUUAUCUUGCAGGUGUCCACCAAAAUCAAGAAGGAAACUGAAUAACUACGUGGCUAUGAAUGGGGUUGUUCAGCUUACAUACGUGUAGGAAACUGCACAGCAAUUUUCACAUCUUCAAAACUCUAUCCUAAAUCUUCCCUUAUGCUAUUGUAUACGUUUUAGACCAUGUCCUGAAACCAAACAAGUCCAAGAUGUUUGCUUUCCAUUUUAAAUGCUACGAAUGUAAUCCUCCUCAUUGCGUCAUACGUUAGUAGCUAGUAGGUCUUAUCUUUUCUAAUGUUUGCUUAUUCUGCAAUUGGGUAAUAAAUCUUGCAAGAGAACCACUG